AUGGAAUUGCAGCCCAUUUCCAACUCCGGCCUGCGAAGAAUCAGGCGAAAACCUGUACCAUCUUUACCUUCACCCAUAAGUGAGGAAGCUGAUCCAAUUGAUACCGCAUACGAACCGUUGCUUCACACCCAGGACGAAGAUGUUUCCGUUUCUACGGAAUUGUCAAAUAGUCGAGGGAGGCACGAAAAGGGGGCCCGUCUGGGGGACAAGACCGUACAGGAAUCGGACACUAGCUCGUUGAAGUCUAUCCCCAAGACGGACUGGAGACCUGUCAGUCUCCGCCUCGAAGAGAAACAGAUUCCCUGGACAAUACCUGCAGAAAAGAUAUUCAAUGGGUGGUGGCUUGAGAUUUUCUGCUGUUGGCUCAGUAUCGCCUCUCUCGGUGCUCUAGUUGUACUCCUCUACGGUUUCAACGACCAGCCGCUGCCCGACUGGCCAUCGGGCAUCACUGUCAACACGGCUGUAGCGUUUAUAUCAACAGUGGCAAGAACAGCGUUCACCGUCCCGGUAGCUGAGGGGGUUUCUCAGUGCAAGUGGAAUUGGUUCAAGAAGAAGCCGCGACAGUUAAGAGAUUUCGACCUAUUCGACUCGGCUUCUAGAGGGCUUUGGGGCUCAAUGAGUCUGUUGAUUCGCACGAAAGGAUGGGGAGUCGGCAUUCUCUCAGCUAUUUUACUCGUGUCCGCUGUCGCUACGUCGACCUUAACUCAGUCCGCUAUUUCGUAUCCGGAGCGAAACAUCACAGAUGUCACGGAUCUGCUCAAAGUAGCUAAGAAUGAGGAUUCCACAACAUCAAUAACGCUUCCCAACGGGGUUAACAUGACAGUCAAUGCUACUGAGCGCGUAAUCGUCGAGUCGAGAGAGCCAAUAUCUGAUUAUAACCCGGAUAUAUUCCUGUCUAGCAUAUUUAACUACUCUGUCAUCCAUUGGGAUGCUGGCAAACCCCCUCGAGCAGCCGACGUAGUCAUGCAUUGGUGUGUCAACACAUACGACGCAAAGAUGGAAAACAACAAGCUCCAAACGCCACAGAUCUUAUCACAUACACAGUGCCAGAGGUCGACUGGAGGGGUCUAUGCUGAUGCCAUCGAGCUGAGCUCACCGGCCGAGAACGUCAUGGAUUACAUUGUAGGAGGGGUCUCGAGGUUGCGCAUCACCGGCGUGCUACGAGAGGCAAUCACCGGCGAGAGUGCCAGGGAUCCAAUCAAACGUAUCACCACGGGCAGCGAUAGGCUUCUGCAUGCCAUGGCCGAAAUCAAGUUCGAGUAUGACGGCAGAGUUGAGGAAGACCGUCCAACGGAACAAGAGCUGCAAGAUAUCUGGUGGGACGCUAUCGAUAGGAUGGCGCGCAACAUUGAGACCGGCUUGAUAAAUUUUUUGCUGGUAGAUGGCGGAGCCAUUGUCGAGGGGACUGCGUGGACUAAACAAACUUAUAUCAAGGUCCGCUGGGAGUGGUUGACCUUUCUGGCCGUUCAGGUCUGCCUUUCUAUUAUAAUCCUGGUUAUGAUCAUCUGGGAAACUGCCGUGGCCGACGUCGACAUUAUCAAAAGCUCAACUCUGCCAGCACUGUUCGCUAUUAACUCUGAGGAGUUAGCUAGCAUUGAGCAUAGAUUCGAGGAAGGGGAACCUUUGGUAGAGAAGGGUCAUCAGCAAGUAGUCCCUCACGGAAUUGGCGGACAAUUACACAAAACGGGAGCCUUCUACAUUGAGAAGAACUUGAAUUAUUAG